AUGGCCGACACAAAGGUCGCUUCCAGCAAACUUGCCAUGUCCCGCGCUCUCGGCGCUGCCUUCCUCAGCCAUCAAGUUGAGCAGCUCGAGAAAUCGGUUACCACCGGCAACUGGCGCGACCGCCCGAAGCAGGACAAUUGGCGAACUCCGGAUCCCGCCAAACGCAACUUUGCCGGCCCAAAGAUCAUGAAGAAGCGCAACGAAGGCUCCCCGGAGGAGAGGGGGAGGUUCCAGGGUGCCGGGCGAGGCGAGAAGGAGCACGAUAAACGCAGCGAGGAGCGUAAGGGGCAGAAGGAUGCGGACUUCAUCGUACUCGAUGCGAGCGUCCUCAUACACGGCAUCUACCAUCUCAAGCAGUGGAGCAAGGACGGGAGGGAGGAGGUUGUGAUAGUGCCACUCGAAGCGCUCAACACCCUCGACCUCCUCAAGAAGGGCACCAGCGCGCUGGCCCAGCGUGCCCGCAACGCCUCGCGCAUCCUCGAGGCCCAGGUAGGGACAAACCCGCGCAUCCGUGUCCAGCAGGACGACGCCUUUGUCCUCUGGGACAAGAUUUCGUUUGACGACCAGACCGCCGCCACUCCCAACAUGGCGCCCGAGUGGGUUCGUCGCACGAUCUGCUGUGCUCGCUGGGAGGUCGAGCAUGCCGCUGAAAGGGAGGCCCCUUUUGCGGGCGAGAAGGGGCAAAAGAAGCUCGCUCCCCGCAUCGUCCUCGCCGUCGCUAUCCCGCCCGCCGACGCGCAGUUGGACGCACCCACUCCCGCUCCUAUCUCUGCGUCCCCCGUCCCUCUGCCCGCUCCCCAGGCCAACAGGCACGAGAGCCGCCUCGCUGGUGCUCUCGUCUCCCGCUGGGCUGCCAAAGCCGGCGUCGAGGUCGUCGAGGUCACCACUGCGCCCCCGCAACCUGCAGGGGGUGCUCCCACCGAGGCCAAGGGUCGCCGGUCCGGCGAGGCCCAUGCGAACACACCCGGAGGCGGCAACGGCAGGCGUUCUGGGGAAGAGGACCGGGCGAAGCGCGGGGGCACCGCUGGGCGUGGGCGGCGCAACUCUCGCGGCGCUGGAAUAGGCGCCGGAGCUGCUGCCCGCGCGCCCGCCCCUCCGGCGGUGAACUCGAGCCUCGUCGAACGCCCCGCAGCGGUGAUGACGAUGAUGGAGAUGGUCACGCAGCCGAACCGCGUCGUUCGUGUGCUCGCGCGUGGCGAGAAGCUCGACCCGUAA